ACUGUGUUGUGAGCGGAUUUUCAGCGCUUAUAUGUUUUUAAACUUGUCUUAAAAUUUUGUGGUACUUCUACGUUUCUGCGCUUUUGUAAAUGUAGAUCGUAUGUUUCGUCAUUUGAUUAAAGCGUUUGAAGACUUUGCAGCGCGCUGACACCAAUCGGCCACCGUAGCUUAGCAACCGAAUCAUAACAAUUCUUUUCCGUUUAGAGUUUUCAUUUGAACAUUUAAAGCAGCUCAGACUUGCAGUUUAUCAGCAAGAGAGAAGACGCGAAAGAUGUCCAUCGUGAAAACCACCGUGAAUCUCCAGAGGAUUGACUGGCUGCUGCCGAAAGGUGCAGUCAGUGUGCGGAUCGCCCCGGAAUACAUCCCCGGUCCAGUUGGCCGAGGACAAACCAGUUCCAGUGAUGCUGGCCGUCGGAAGAAGUGCCGCACCAGGCCGCCGGCAGCCAGCUCCCUGACCACGUCUGCCUCUCCUGGAUCUGCUGCCAUCCCGGUGGCAACCAGCAGGGGUCAGCAGGGCACAGGCCGCCGUAGAAAUACGGCGGGAGGCCGGUCAGGGCGAAGAAGGAGGUAUGACCAACAGAAGGGGUUAGAGCCUAAGCCCAGCUCACCAACCUUCUCCUCCUCUUCAUUUUUAUUUCCGUCUUCAGCCCCCUCCCCUUUUGUUUCAUCCCCAUUUCUUUUUAUGGGCUCCUCUGUUUUAUCCCCACACUUAGUCACACCUGUUAGCCCAGCUCCACAUCCAUAUUCAGCUCCAGGCCUGGUUCAUCUGACCCAUCUGCUUCAGGCUCCAGCACAGGCUGUAGCCGCCUCAUCUAACCUGGAAAAAUUCUAUUGGUUGUAUAACUAUUAUGUAACCAAGUACUCUAAAAUGACCUAUGACGCCAAGUGCUUUACUGAGUACUGGUGUCAGGAGUUUUGGAACAGACAUUUAAAUGAAAUUAACUUAGCGAAACAGGGGAAGAAUGAGGAUAAUGAGGGUACUCAUUCAACCAAGAGGCGUAGGAUUGAUGAAGAUGAGUUCAUCUUUCCUAUUGAUGCACUGGAGCAGCUAAGUACCAUGCCCAGUGCUCAGGAGAUGGGUGUGGAGAUGGGCUAUCAGUCAGAUGCACAUAGCUACAUUUCCCUGUAGAUUCAGCACAUAAUUACACGAGAGUUGUCAUACAUACUUAGGAUAAGAUAAAAUUAGGAUAUGUUACCAUGUAGUUCUAUAACAUAAGGUACUAUAGGAUAAGAUUAAGAUAGGAUAAGGUUAAGAUUGUAUAGAAUAAGAUUAAGAUAGUCUUAACUUGUAUGCCAUUUUAUGUUUUACAAAGACAUGAUAAAUUACCAUAGGUUUAGGAUAAGAUUAUAUAAGAUAGGAUUGCAUAGCAUAAGAUAAGAAAGAUAGGAUAAGAUAACAUAGAAUAAAAUUAAGAUUGUACAACAUAGGAUUAGAUUAAUUAUAAAUAAAGCAGUCCUCCUUAGAGGGGGGGUGGUGGAGGGAAUAUUUAAGAAAUAAAAAUA